UCCAAAAUGGCGGAUGCAGAAAGCAAGAAAUUCCGUUCAAAACGAAUUCGUCUUUCUCCUGAGAGAGAAAUCGAAGGUCUUAGCCCCCCUAAAGCUUCAAAAAGUGAUAAAGAAGGAGCAAUAGUCGACGAAGAGCCAAUUUUGUCUAAUUUUAGCGUCUUUCAAGAAACUAGUUGUUCGUCACGUGAACAUGAUGGCGGCAAUAACGAAUUUUCAAAGCACGAACAAUUCGACGGGGAUGACUUCCCAAGCUGUUUUAGCGUAGAAGAUGACAUCGAUAAUAUCGAAGAACGUCAUUACCAGCCCAUAGCAGGUCCAAUGGGUUGGGUUCAGCGGCAGAUGACUCUCGGUAUCAAUCCAAGAGAAAUACUCUCUUACAUGAUACCCCAUGCUAAAGUGCCAACAGAGAUAGAAGAUAGCCACUCAACGCUGUGGAAGAUUAUUAUCAGCCUCCUUACAUCACCAACACCUCGACAAAAACUAGAUUAUGUAAAUACAUUAGAUGAUGUCGUCAGUCUGGUGAAUAGCUGCAAAAAUAUUGUGGUAUUGACUGGAGCUGGGGAAAUUUAUCCAGGGCAGUUCAAACCUUCGUUAAGUCACAGAUUUAUUCGCCAAAUUGAAGAACAUGGCCGCCUCUUGAGAAAUUAUUCCCAGAAUAUUGAUACACUAGAACAGAUAGCUGGUAUAACAAGAGUUAUACAAUGUCAUG